AUGCGGGAAGGAGAGACGCUGAAGGCUUACUCGGACAGGUACUGGGAAAUGUAUAAUGAGAUAGAGGGAAACUACGACGACGUUGCCAUUAGUACGUUCAAAAGGGGCUUGCUGACAGAACAUGGCUUGAGAAAGUCCCUCACUGGGAAGCCAGUCACUAGCGUGCGCCAACUCAUGGACAGAAUUGACAAGUACAAAAGGGUCAAGGAGGACCAGCAGAUGGGGAAGGGUAAAGCGAAGGUUGUCCCUCAGAAGAGGAGGGACUUCAGGUCGGACCACUUUAACAGCAGUAACAAGCCGAGAAGAGACUACGUGGAAAAGUCCGGACCUACUGGGGCUCAGGCAGUCCAUGCUGUGUUCCGAGAACCAUUGCACAAGAUCCUGGAGAAGGUGAAGUGCAAACCCUUCUUUCAGUGGCUGAACAGGAUGGCGGGCGACCCUUUAAAAUGCAAUCAGAAUCUAUACUGCGCGUACCACCAGGAGCCAGGUCACACCACCGACGAUUGCAGGAAUCUGAAAAACCAUUUGGAUCGGCUUGUCCGAGAAGGGAAGUUGAGGCAUCUAUUGCACCGCCCUGAAGGAUGGCAGGAACAGUCAAAUGUCAAAACCAGGCAAGGCAUAUUGAGACCACCCAUUGGCACAAUAAAUGUCAUUCUUGCCGCACCUGGAGGACCGAUUCCAGCCCUUUCAGAGUAA